AUGUUAGUUGGGCUCAAUGUUGCGAUCAGUGAUUUGGGUAGUGAAAUAUUUUCUACCAUUUACGGUGUGAAGGCCACAUUUACUACCAGACGCUGCGUUUUGCUGGUUAUCAUAGCUCUCAUAACUCCCUUUUGCUUUUUACAGCGUAUCGACUUUCUUAGUGCUACCAGUUUAGUAGCAGUGAUUAUUUAUAUUAUCUUCCUUUCUAACUUGUUGAUAGUCUAUCUGCUUCCUCGAAUCUUCUCAGUUUACUUCUCUCUGAAGUAUUUCCGUUUGUGGCGACCAGAAGGUUUGGUGCGCUGUGCCCCAAUUAUCGCAAGUUCUCUCUGUUGUCAGGUCCAAGUGAGUACAAUCUACUCGAGUUUAAAUAACCCUCCACUAUCUACCAUGCGAAAAGUCCUGAUCUGCGCUCUCUCCUUCAUUUUCAUUUGCUAUUCUGGUGCUGGUCUGAUGGGUUACAUGGCCUUCUACCACGGUUUAAACGAGUCGUUACCUGGUGACAUGUUGGCCAGUUACCCCGAAGACCAUCGAGCAGUUCAUAUUCGUUUGGGCUUCCUCUACACAGUUGCUGCCUCUCUUCCUCUCCUCCUCUUUCCUUUGCGCACCGCCUUGCACAGUCUGCUAUUCGAAGAAGCUGUGGUGGAAGAAGGUCCUCUCUAUGUGGACGCUCCACUGACUAUUCCAAAUUUGCGAUUCCACUGGCUAACUGGUGCUGUCAUAUUCCUGUCUGUCGUCGCUAGUCAAGCCACCGACAAGGUGGAGGUUAUACUGACCAACACGGGCGGAUUUGCAGGCGGAGCAAGCUGUUACCUCCUACCUGCCGUCAUUGGGGCACGCGCUGUUGGUGGCAGUGGAGGUGGUCGAGGGAAUCGAUCGACGAAGCUCAUAAUCUGCUUUCUUAGCUUCCUUGGCGCCUUGAUUUUCUCGAGUCCAUUUCUAACUUUUCUCGGAGUGGAUACUUGA